AUGCUCACUGGGACAAGAUUUUCUAACGAUGAUGUGGGUGGGAGUGGUGGUGAGCUCAGAGAUAUGGUGAGGGAGGUUACCAGCACUAUUGCUGAUGGUAACAUUGGGGACGUUUUACCUUACAUAGAUUGGAUGGACCUGCGAGGUAUCAAAAAAUGGAUAAAGAAGGCACACAAUUUUUUUAACAGGAUUGCUAAGAGAAUUAUUGAUGAACAUGUUAAUCAGAGGAGAAGGGCUUUGGAUGAGAACAGGGAGUGGACUAAGGAUAUAGUUGAUAUGCUACUUGAUGUUGCAGAAUCACAGACAUUGGAGAUCGAUAUCACAAGAGAAAAUGUCAAAGCAAUUAUCUCUGUCACUUUCAUUACUCUCUGUUGCUCAGAUCUGUUCAUUGGUGAAAUGGAGACAAUGACUACUACCAUGGAAUGGGCAAUGACUGCACUCAUCAGACACCCCUGGGUAGCCAUGAAACUGCAGGAAGAUAUUUAUUUUAUAGUAGGGAAAGACCGCAUAGUAACUGAAUCUGAUCUACCCAACAUGGACUACCUGCAAUGUGUUCUUAAAGAGUCCUUGCGACUAUACCUUCCAGGGCCAUUAGACCCAACUGUGCGGGAAGAUCCCGAGGAAUUCAAGCCUGAAAGAUUCAUGGGCAAUAAGACUUUUGAUUACCAAGGGCAGGAGUUUGAUAUGCUGCCUUUUGGGGCUGGUAGGAGAAGAUGCCCUAGUGGGCAUAUGGCCAUGGAGCAGAUGUACAGCGUCUAA